UGUCAUAUCCUGUCUCUCUCUCCCCAGUCGGUGCUGUUGCUAGGCGGAAUAGCGUUGGUGUGUCUGGCUCUGGACCUCCUCUUCCUCCUCUUCUACUCUUUCUGGCUGUGCUGCCGCCGACGCAAGAACCAUGACGACACACACUCUCACUCACACACACACCAGCCCCCCAACCCUGACUGCUGCUGUACCGCCUGGUGCGUCAUCAUCGCCACGCUCGUCUGCAGUGCCGGCAUUGCCGUGGGUUUCUAUGGAAACGGGGAGUCAUGUGACGGAGCCAACCGCCUGGCAUAUUCUCUUCGGCACGCCAACCGCACCGUGGCAGGGGUCGACAAACUGGUGACGGACAGUGCCCUGUCUCUGAACCAGACAGUGGAGGGAGGUCUGGUCCAGUUGGAGACGGUCUACUCUGAACAGACUGACUAUGUGUCCAUCGUCCAGAAGCUCCAGGGUCAGCUGGAUGAGCUGGUCAGACUCAUGGUGGACAUCCCCUUCUGGAGUAAUUCUGAUAUCUCCCUAGAAGACCUGGCCUUCCAGACUGAGGUCUUUGACUGGUACAGGUGGCUGGUAUACCUGACUCUGCUCCUGUUUGAUGUUCUGAUCUGUCUGCUGGUUCUGUUCGGACUGAUACGCAACUCUAAAGGCACUCUGAUUGGGGUGUGUUUGUUGGGUGUUCUGACUCUCAUCAUCAGCUGGGGGUCUCUGGGACUGGAGCUGGCAGCUGCCGCGACGGCCAGCGACUUCUGUGUUUCCCCGGAUACCUACAUCACCAGGGUAACCAAGGAGAACGCUGUCAUCGACCAAGAUAUCCUGCAGUAUUACCUGAGGUGCAGCAGCGGCCAAUCAAAUCCUUUCCAGCAUAAGCUGUCUGGCAGUCACAAAGCCCUGGUUGAGAUGCAAGAUGACGUGGCAGAACUACUACAGUCAGCUAUACGGGAUCACCCCAACACCAAGGGGACUCUGGAUCAGAUUCAGACUGUAUUGAACUCUACGGAGGUUGGCCUUCAUCAACUCACCGCUCUGGUCGACUGUCGCAGCCUGCACAUGGAUUAUGUCCAGGCUCUAACAGGGUUGUGUUAUGAUGGAGUGGAGGGGCUGAUCUACCUGGUGCUGUUCUCCUUCGUCACAGCUCUUAUGUUCUCCUCCAUCGUCUGCAGUGUGCCACACACCUGGCAGAGCAAGAGGACGGAUGAUGAGGAUGGAGAAGAUGAGUCUGCUGCCCAAGGCAAUCGGGGGGCGGGUCCUCAUGAUAACCUGUACCGCGUGCACAUGCCCAGUCUCUACAGCUGUGGUAGCAGCUACGGCAGCGAAGCUAGCAUCCCCGCUACGGCCCACACUGUCAGCAAUGCCCCUGUCACUGAGUACAUGACCCAGAACGCAAACUUUCAGACCCCCAGGUGUGAGAACACGCCUCUGAUUGGCAGGGAAUCCCCUCCACCCUCUUACACCUCGAGUAUGAGGGCCAAGUAUCUGGCCACCAGUCGACCGGACGAGAACCGACGGUCAGUCCCCAAUGACCAGUUGGACCCGGCCAGCCGACCACAUCCCCUCACCAGACCACAGUCAUCUGUCCACUAGAACCUUCCAGAACCUACCAAAACCUUCUAGAACCUAUUAUAACCUACCAGAAUCUUCUAGAAAGAACUCAUCAACCAAUAAAGAAUGGGAACAAACCAGAACCAAUUCUUCAUUCCACUAAAGAACCACAACCCAAUAGAACCACCAACUCCUUAGAACCUGUUGAAACAGUAGUCCACUUAUAGAACCAGAACCACUAAGGAUCAUAACCACCUCCUCAGCCCAUAGGAAUCACUAAAAUAAUACGUCUCAGAUUCACCUGAACAGACCACAGUGGGUUGGAAAGCAGAGCCAACCAACAGACCAACCAGCCCAACUCACCAGCCGACCAACGGACCAACCAGCCCAACUCAACAGAACCUCAACUCAUCAACGGACCAACCAGCCCAACUCACCAGAACAGAACCUCAGCUCAUCAGCCGACCAACGGACCAACCAGCCCAACUCACCAGAGCAGAACCUCAACCCAUCAGCCAACCAACACCAACCCCCCGCCCCCCCCCCCCCCACCUCAGCUCCAUCUUCCCUACAACCGUCCCACAGUCCCACUCAGCUCUACACCAUCUCAAGCUGGAUCCUCCACCUCUUUACCAAGUAUACUGCCCUCUGGUGGUGACUGCCGGUAUGAGCCUGUUUAUUAAGUAUACUGCCCCCCGGUGGUGACUGCCGGUAUGAGCCUGUUUAUUAAGUAUACUGCCCUCCGGUGGUGACUGCCAGUAUGAGCCUGUUUAUUAAGUAUACUGCCCUCUGGUGGUGACUGCCAGUAUGAGCCUGUUUAUUAAGUAUACGGCCCUCUGGUGGUGACUGCCGGUAUGAGCCUGUUUAUUAAGUAUACUGCCCACCGGUGGUGACUGCCGGUAUGAGCCUGUUUAUUAAGUAUACUGCCCCCCGGUGGUGACUGCCGGUAUGAGCCUGUUUAUUAAGUAUACUGCCCUCCGGUGGUGACUGCCAGUAUGAGCCUGUUUAUUAAGUAUACGGCCCUCUGGUGGUGACUGCCAGUAUGAGCCUGUUUAUUAAGUAUACUGCCCUCCGGUGGUGACUGCAGGUAUGAGCCUGUUUAUUAAGUAUACGGCCCUCUGGUGGUGACUGCCGGUAUGAGCCUGUUUAUUAAGUAUACUGCCCUCUGGUGGUGACUGCAGGUAUGAGCCUGUUUAUUAAGUAUACUGCCCUCCGGUGGUGACUGCAGGUAUGAGCCUGUUUAUUAAGUAUACUGCCCUCCGGUGGUGACUGCCGGUAUGAGCCUGUUUAUUAAGUAUACUGCCCCCCGGUGGUGACUGCCGGUAUGAGCCUGUUUAUUAAGUAUACGGCCCUCCGGUGGUGACUGCCGGUAUGAGCCUGUUUAUUAAGUAUACUGCCCCCCGGUGGUGACUGCCGGUAUGAGCCUGUUUAUUAAGUAUACUUCCCCCCGGUGGUGACUGCCGGUAUGAGCCUGUUUAUUAAGUAUACUGCCCUCCGGUGGUGACUGCCAGUAUGAGCCUGUUUAUUAAGUAUACUGCCCUCUGGUGGUGACUGCAGGUAUGAGCCUGUUUAUUAAGUAUACUGCCCUCCGGUGGUGACUGCCGGUAUGAGCCACACACACACACAUCCUGUAUAGAACUGUAAAUAGUGAAUUAGUAUGAGUUACAUUCUGGAGGAAGACAUAACUGAAACAUGGUGGUAUAUAGAUGUAUUUAGAGUGUCUGUUUCCAAGGACUGAGGCUGUAUCACAUUCUAGGCCACACACACACACACACACACACACACACACACACACACACACACACACACGAGGCCUGUACGUGUGUGUACCUCUCUCUACCUGCCUCUGUAAACAACCCUCCUGCCAUCUAAUCUACCAAGCCACUAGGACACAGAAUCUGACUGCAAAACGGCCCCUGCACUCUGCAAAACGCUCCAACAUUCCUGUAACAUCUGAUGUUUUUAACUUUCCUGCAAAGGGCUGUUGUGCAGACGGACCAUGUGGCCUGAAACGGAUUCAGAAAGCCAUGUAGUGGAGGAACCACACUCUGUAAUGUCUGAAUUAAACUGUCGAAAGAUUUAGCCAUCACUGUACAGCAGUGUUACUUUUAGCCUGUGUUAAGAGCCACGUUAACUAACUACAUGUAUGACUAGAACUUGAAUCGUGAGCUCUCUCUCUCUCUCUCUCUCUCUCUCUCUCUCGAGUGUGCUCAUGUGUUCUGUGUGUGUUUGCGUGCGUCUAACGCACAUGUAAAUAUGAGUCCAGGACCGAACGGAACCUGGUGGAAUUCCAACUAUUCUGAAAUCAGAUUCCAGAGAAAGAGUUUGCGUUCCCAAACUAACUCUGGGACUGAAUGAAAAGACUAAAGGACAUGGGAGAGCUCACCUGUGGGCUCAUAACUCUGUAUAAUGAGGGAUGUUGAACUCUCCUAAACUAAAGGACAUGGGAGAGCUCACCUGUGGGUUAUUAACUCUGUAUAAUGAGGGAUGUUGAACUCUCCUAAACUAAAGGACAUGGGAGAGCUCACCUGUGGACUCAUAACUCUGCAUAAUGAGGGAUGUUGAACUCUCCUAAACUAAAGGACAUGGGAGAGCUGACCUGUGGGCUCAUAACUCUGUAUAAUGAGGGAUGUGAACUCUCCUAAACUAAAGGACAUGGGAGAGCUGACCUGUGGGCUCAUAACUCUGUAUAAUGAGGGAUGUGAACUCUCCUAAACUAAAGGACAUGGGAGAGCUGACCUGUGGGCUCAUAACUCUGUAUAAUGAGGGAUGUGAACUCUCCUAAACUAAAGGACAUGGGAGAGCUCACCUGUGGGCUCAUAACUCUGUAUAAUGAGGGAUGUAGAACUCUCCUAAACUAAAGGACAUGGGAGAGCUCACCUGUGGGCUCAUAACUCUGUAUAAUGAGGGAUGUUGAACUCUCCUAAACUAAAGGACAUGGGAGAGCUCACCUGUGGGCUCAUAACUCUGUAUAAUGAGGGAUGUUGAACUCUCCUAAACUAAAGGACAUGGGAGAGCUCACCUGUGGGCUCAUAACUCUGUAUAAUGAGGGAUGUUGAACUCUCCAAAACUAAAGGACAUGGGAGAGCUCACCUGUGGGCUCAUAACUCUGUAUAAUGAGGGAUGUGAACGCUCCUAAACUAAAGGACAUGGGAGAGCUCACCUGUGGGCUCAUAACUCUGUAUAAUGAGGGAUGUGAACUCUCCUAAACUAAAGGACAUGGGAGAGCUCCCCUGUGGACUCAUAACUCUGCAUAAUGAGGGAUGUUGAACUCUCCUAAACUAAAGGACAUGGGAGAGCUCACCUGUGGGCUCAUAACUCUGUAUAAUGAGGGAUGUAGAACUCUCCUAAACUAAAGGACAUGGGAGAGCUCACCUGUGCCAAAAUAACUGAAGGGAUGCUCAACUCUCUUUACCGCGUCAUUCCUUUUUUUAGUUCCUUAAUUCUCAGAAAGGGAAAAUAAAUCCUGGAUAAUGUUGGAUCAUACGGUGAAAGACAGAGAGACUUUUAAAAUAAAAUGUGUUUUUAAUUUAGUUUAAAAAAUGUAACUUGAUAAUGAAGAAUUGGGUGCUGUGACCAACUUUAACUUUAAAAAAAAUGUUUACUUAAUUUUUAUAAUUUCAUCAAACAGGGAUCUUCUUUAACGACCUCUGACUAAAGGUCACGAUGAGGUUAGAGGUCACAACCUUUCUCAAACAGGAUUUUUUUUUUCUUCUUCUCAGAAGCACAAACGAUCUUCGAGGUGACUAUGGGAGACGGAAAAGAAGAACGCCCACACGUGGAUGUAAAGUGUGUGUGUUUGUGGGAACACUUAAAGCCUCGUGAAAACAUGCCUGAUCUCACGGUAGCUCUUGUUCUGUUUCGCGGUGAAGUGAAAGGAAACGUGAGCGGUGCAGCGGUCUGUCACCUUAACCUAGGUUAGGGGCCAACCAUAGUUAGACAGAGGAGUCUCUAAAGACCCUCUUAGGUACUCUAUCUAACUCUAUGGGGCUGCCAGUAGUUUAUCUCUAGGGGCCGACCAUAGAGUAAGAUAGAGGACUCUAAAGUUCACUCUUACUUUGCUAGGUACUCUAUCUAACUCUAUGGGGCUGCCAGUAGUUCUCUCUCUCGCUACUAUGUGCUGUGAAGUGUAUGAUGACAAUAGUGUAGCUGUAAUCUCUCUCAUCACUCUUGUGUGUGAUGGCUCGUCCAGUGUAGUCUUGGUAUUGCUCUCUUCUCUCCUGUGUGUGCUGUCUGUCUGCACGUACAGUACAGUGGUCUGUGUGUGCUGUCUGUCUGUACGUACAGUACAGUGGUCUGUGUGUGCGGUUGCCAGCAAAUUAAGGGUCGUUAUUAUUAUCUAAUCUUCAUCUAAGAAACACACACACACACUAGCAUUCAUUGCAGACCCACACAUUGCAGACACACACACACUAUUCUUUAAAUCUAGCCAUUGUCCUGUGAACUGUCACACACACCAUAGAACUACAGUACCCAUACACCCUCACUCCUGUAAAUUUGACACGGGUUAGCAUUUGCAUCAUGGGAAAUGUGGUGUAUUAACUAGAGGGAUUUCCAGUUAAUGGGAAUGACCGUUCAAACGAUCUUGAUUAACUCGCUCCGGGUAGAAGUUGCCUUUAACCACAGAUCUAGGAUCCAAUUUACUCUCCCAUUAUCCUGAUCUUAACCAUUAGGCGGAACACAAAACAUUUCUUAGAUCAGUGUCUAGGAAGCAAAUUCAUCCUACCAUGACAAGCUCAGUGUGUGUGUGUGUGUGUAUGUGUGUGUAGAUAAUUUACUAUGAAUGAAAGACCACUUCUGUCGUUUUCAGCGAGACAAUCGUAACUGGCGUGAUUCCACUCGUUUUUAAUAUUCUGUUUAUCACGUCACCAUGACAACGCUACCUAUACUACGGCGUUUGCACGACAGGAGAGGACAAAAAAAAUUACUGUUGGAAACUAAGAACCAAUGGCCUUUUCUUAUACUUGUAACAAUCUAACAACUAUUCAUAUCACACGUUUUAAUUUGUCUUCUAAAAAAUAAAUCAUAAAAAAACAAACAAUAGCUAGCUCUUUUUGUAGGGUAAUAAUCAUUAUUAUUAUGGCAAGAGCACCAUUUUGUUUUCUGUUUUUCUUUAUAAUAAUGAUGAAUGACUGUGUCUUGAAUUGCAUUUUUUUUUUUUAUAAAACCGUACUGUAGACUUGUUACAUUUUUGUUGAUUGUUGUUUUUAUGUAUCCGGCGACAACAACGGUUUACUAAGAUGAUAAUACUGUCUGUUCUAAACUGUGGUGGUGACACUAUUGAGCCUGGAAUCCAUGUUUUAAAAACAGAAUUAAAACAACUUUAACUGA